CCGGGGGAUUGGCUCCCAGAGGGCAGUCUCUCGCGUCUAUUUGCUGCUGAGUUUGUCGAUGCUGGCGAGGGACGGCGACCGGCCUUUCGCAGUGCACGCUGGGAGCUGUAGUCCAAUGGCGCCGCUCGCGACCACGCGCAGCGUGUAAGUUAGCGCCAGGAGUCGGGGAGUUGUCCAGUCGCUGACUUCCGGACCGGCCGCCGAGCGAGUCUGGUAAGUACUCCGCUUCCUCGCCGCUGCGGGGUCGAAGCUGGGUCGGACGCCAUCGUUUCAGGACGGUGGGCACAGGCGCGGACGCCCCCGCGUACCCCCCGCCCCGACCCGGCCACCCUGGACUCCCGGCGGCCCGUGACCCUGCGAGUGCUUCCUCCCACCCGCCCCAGCUCCUGACCCUCGCCCCGGACGAACUGGCAAGACUCAGGGCAUCUCCGCCGAGCGAGACGUGAACCAGCCCCGCUCCUACCCUUGUCCUGCUUUCCGCCGAGCGCCUGGGUCUUCGCCAGAGUGAAACACGAGAGCAGCAUUCUCAAACGAACUAUGGACGGGAUGUUACGGGUCAAAGAGGAGCACGAGCUCCGUCAUCCGCCUGAAACUAGGGUAGCAUUUACUAAGUUAUUCUGCAUCCGGACAAGGUGCAGGAUAUGGAAAAUCUGCGGCGUGGCAUACAUCUUCGAGGCUGGGGCCCUGCGUGCUGUGACGCUCCUGUUUUGUUAAAAAGGACUGCUACCAGGAAUGCCUUCCAUUUCCCUGUCAGUAGUCUCUUGGGCUGCAUUAUAUGUUAGGAGAUUGUAAGUGAAGGCAGUUCAAGUUCUUUGGAAGAAGAGCAACCUGAAUCCAGUUUUUUAAGGUUUUUUUUUGUUGUUGUUGUUGUUGUUUUUAACUCCUGUGAGCAGGCUCACCCCUUUGGUGCAGGAGUGGUUAUAUUGAGACACACAAUCACAGAUGGCUCCAGUCUUACAUCCUCCCAAUCCAGCAAUUCCUAGGAAAUUUGGAAAAUCUCAAGAGACUUUUGACAGGCUCAGUUUAUGUCAGAUGCCUGAUGUUAACUCCUGGGGUGGGAGGGAAGGGUACUGUAAUGAAUAGCCCCGUGACACCCGCUGGAAUUUAGGACUCAGUUACAAAGGAAGAAGAUGCAUUCCGAAGUAGGAAGGAGUACUGGAAAAUGAAAGCAUACCGCAAGCCAGUCGUGUCUCAUCCACACUGUGUGUGUGGCUGUGGUGGUAGUAGAGACGAGAGUGUGAACGAUGAAAAGGUUAAUCCAGAGGCACGUUAUGAGAAGGUGGCAAUUGGGAAGGUGACUCCUGGCUUCCUGAGGGGAUGGAGGGCAGGGACCAAGACCCAGGCAUAGGGGGACACAAGAAAGAACAGCUGGGCUACAUGGGAAAGUAGUUUGGGGAAUUCAUGAGCAAACACCACUGGCCUGUGGAGAAAACUGUUUUGAUAGUUCUAGUGCUUCAGAUUCUCAGAAUGUAGAGGGAGCAAAGGAAAAGGGCAGUAAGUACAUCACGGGAAGCAGAGAGAAGGACUAUGAGAUCACUUUAUGCUGUCUUUUUCCAUUUCCUGCAACUCCCCUUCCAAGUCGCUGAGUUAUUUUCAGCUGUGAUUCUGAACCACUAAGAUAUUCUCAUAUUUCUCUGAUUCCAGGAAGACUUUCACCAGUGUCCAGGAGAAUGGUUUUCCAGUGACAUGAGAAGAAAUGGAACCUGAUCUCCAGAGUAGUGAUGGCUGCCAAUGAGCCAGGCUGGUGACAGAAAUCAUGGCUGCAACAAGGAGUCCCCAGGCAUACCCAUCGAGCAAGGACUGCUACCAGGGACAGAAAUCAGGCCUUCCCAGCACCAACCCUGACUCAGAAGCCUCCCACCAAUGCUUCAGGCAAUUCUGCCCCCAGGAGGUAGCCGGCCCCCAUGAAGCCUUUAGCAAGCUCUGGGAACUCUGCUGUCAGUGGCUAAGGCCUAAGACACACUCAAAAGAGCAGAUGUUGGAGCUCUUGGAUUUGGAGCAGUUUCCAACCAUCUUGCCAGAGGAGAUCCAGACCUGUGAGGAAGCUGUGGCUGUGGUUGAGGAUGUACAGAGCGCAUCUGGCCAGCAGGUCCCAGAUUCUGGGAAGGACUGGAAAGAGCUCAAUGAGGAGACAGCCCUGUUGGGAGUGCCCAGAAAGUCACUGAGAUCCCACCUGAAACGGGGGGUUGAUACAGAGGAAAGCACUUUGAAGGGGUCACAGAGCUCACAACACAGAGCAGGGGAAUAGUCAGAAGAGAGGGCCCUCUGCAGGGGCAUCACUCAGAAGAACGAGAGAGAUCACACUCUGGCAGGUGUGCCCUGGGGCGAUGAGGAGACCGAGACCCUGCUGGCCAUGCUCUGGGACGCUCAACUUCAUGGGGAACGGACUCGUCAGCACGGCCAGACCUACAGGGCCACAGCAGGACGUCUCCGGGAGCAGGGCAUUCUGCGGGCCCCAGAGCUGUCCCGUGCCAAGUUCAACAGCCUGCGUCGAGGCCGCGAGGUGGGGGCGGGCCAUGUGCCGGAGCCUUGUGUCCUUCACGAGGCAGUGGAUCCCCGGUCAAGCUCCUGGGCCUCUGCACCCAAGGUGGCGAGCCGUGCUGUUCCCGGCCACGAGGGAAGGGCUGCGGAGUCCGGAGAGCUGAGUCGGCAGAACGGGAAGCCCACAGCGAUCGGAGAAGGGGCCUGGGCGGACGGCGCGGCCGGGGAUGAAGGGCGCUUCCAGGACACUGGCCGGGAAGGUAGGAGACGGGACCUGCUGGUCUUGUUCCCACACAGAGUGGGUAGGACUCUUGGCUCUGACAGCCAGGGGACAGGGAAGUCCCCCCCAGAGGCUGUUACCCCGCCAUCAAGAGGGCGCUGCCGCCGUUGCUGCGAGCCCACAGCCCCGACGGACGGCCCGGUACAGGCCAGAGAGGCUGGCGCUCCGCGUUGCGGCUUUUCCCCGUGCCCUCCGCAGCCCAGGUCCGCCUCCGCCGGCCUCUCUCACGCAGCACAUGGCGUUUCCCUGUGCAGCUCCCGUCCUUGGCUUCCUCAGACUGCUGUGGGCCUCCAGCCCGGACUCUCUCCCCUUCCCUCCUGCUCCAGCAAGGCUCUCCCGUCCUGACCCCGGUGUGUGCUGGCCGCGUCCCUACAGCACGCUUUCCCCUAGUGUCCGCCGAGCUCAGGGCAGCCUGUUGCUACUCAGCUGCCGGCGGCGAGGCCAUCGAGAGUGGAGGUAAGACCUGGGGACAGACUGGCAGAAACAGAGCUGGCCUCUCGGCCUCAGAUGGGUCACUGUGCCUGAACAUCCAAAAAGAGACAGUAUAGGGGUGCCGGGGUGGCUCAAUUAAGCGUGUGCCUCGGCUCCCGUCAUGAUCCCGGGGUACUGGGAUGGAGCCCCGCAUCAGGAUCCCUGCUCAACGGGGAGCCUGCUUCUCCCUCUCCCUCUGCUUGCUGCUCUGCCUACUUGUGCACACACGCUGUCUCUGUGUCAAGUAAAUAAAAUCUAUUACAAAAAAAGAGGGGUAGUAUAGGACAGUACGUGGCAUCUAGGGACGAUUUUCCUGUGAGACCAGGGUUAGGAGUUUGUAAAUACUAAAAUCAGAGAAUGAAACUAGGCUAGUACUUAGCAAAAAGCUGAAUCCUGGGAGAAGUUCCAUUUAGGGGGUGUCAGGGUGGCUCAGCUGGUUGAGCAUCUGCCUUCAGCUCAGGUCAUGUUCCCAGGGUCCUGGGAUUGAGCCCCAUGUCGAGCUCCCUGCUCAGUGGGGAACCUGUUUGUCCCACUCCCUCGCCGGUGUACGUAACUUGCUUUCUCUAACUCAUAAAUAAAUAAGAACUUCAAAAAAAAAAAAAAAAAGACAGCAUAGGAGAACAGUACGUGGACUCUCGAGGUUUUUCUCCCACGACCACAGGGUUUGGACCAUGAACAUAGUAAAACGGGAAAAUGAACUUAGGCUAUUGCUUAGCACAAGGCUGAAUCCCAUGAAGAAUUCCAUUUACGUAUUUGUCCCUUAUGGUGCUUUAACUGCAACUUUCCUCGUUGUCCUGUUCUUUCUCCAAACCCCGUGUCUUU